GGGAGGAGCAGCCGCGCUGCUGAGAUGGCGGCGCCCGGGCGUGUGGUGUUUUGCGAGAAACCGAGCCACAAAAAGUACCGGGCCGGCCUGAAGAAGGAAAAACGAAAGAAACGUCGGCAGGAACUCGCUCGAUUGAGAGACUCAGGACUCUCACAGAAGGAGGAGGAGGACGCUUUCACUGAAGAACAACAACCGGAAGAAGAGGAAUUGUUGGAGAGGGAGAGGCAAAAGUUGCAUGAGGAGUGGUUGCUGAGGGAGCAGAAGGCACAAGAAGAAUUCAGAACAAAGAAGGAAAAGGAAGAGGCAGCUAAGAAACGGCAGGAAGAGCAAGGGAGAAAGUUAAAGGAAGAAUGGGAAGAACAGCAGAGAAAAGAGAGAGAAGAGGAGGAGCAGAAACUACAGGAGAAGAAAGAAAGAGAGGAAGCCGUGCAGAAGAUGGUGGAUCAGGCUGAAAGUGAGUUGGGAAAUGGUGCUACAUGGCAAAACCCAGAACCACCCAUGGAUUUAAAAAUAAUGGAGAAGGAUCGAGCUAAUUGUCCUUUCUACAGUAAAACAGGAGCUUGCAGAUUUGGAGAUAGGUGUUCACGUAAACACAGUUUCCCAGCAUCGAGCCCCACGCUUCUUAUUAAAAGCAUGUUUACGACAUUUGGAAUGGAGCAGUGCAGGAGAGACGACUACGACCCCGACGCAAGCCUGGAGUACAGCGAAGAGGAAACCUACCAGCAGUUCCUGGAUUUCUACGAUGACGUGCUCCCCGAGUUUAAGCAUGUGGGGAAAGUGAUUCAGUUCAAGGUCAGCUGCAACUUGGAGCCUCACCUGAGGGGUAACGUGUAUGUGCAGUACGAGUCGGAAGAGGAAUGCCAGGCAGCCCUGUCUCUGUUUAAUGGGCGCUGGUAUGCAGGGCGGCAGCUUCAGUGCGAAUUCUGCCCGGUGACCCGCUGGAAAAUGGCAAUCUGUGGUUUAUUUGAAAUACAACAGUGUCCAAGAGGAAAACACUGCAACUUUCUUCACGUGUUCAGAAACCCCAAUAAUGAAUUUUGGGAAGCUAAUAGAGACAAGUACCUGUCUCCAGAUCAGACUAGCUCCUCGUUUGGUCAGAACUUGGAGAGGAGACAGAGGAUGGGCCACCAUGGCGACUACCACGGCAGGCUGAGGAGGAGGAGGAGGAGCCCCAGCCCAGACCACCGCGACACGAGAAAUGGGGACUCUGAGAGGAAAAGGAGUAGUCGUCACAGGGGGAAGAAAUCUCACAAACACGUGUCAGAGAGUCGUGAGAGGCGCAGUUCACGAAAUAGAGGAGGAAAAAGGGGCCGGAGCCGGAGCCGGAGCUCAUCUAGCUCCAGGAGUCGUGGCAGGAGGAGGUCAGACAGUAGAGACAGAACUGCUCAGAGUCCCAAAUCCAAAUAAACCUGUUUUGUUCUAAAAAAAAAAAAAAAAAAAAAAAAAGAACUAGCAGGAGGGAGGAGGGAGCAAGGGCAAUAUAGUAACCUAAACUUUCACAUCCCAAUAUUAUGCUGAAAUAAAAAAUAAAUAAAAGAACUACCAAUAAAAUUUUAUUCUCUAUACUAUUCAUGAAAUUAUUGGUGAUUUUAGCCUGAUACAGUUUGUUUUUGGAUUUAUACUUGAUAAGCCAAUUAACAGCAAAACAGAUCCACAGAAAAUU